GCAUCUUCUGGCGCACCAAAUGGCCGAGCUUCGAUUUUGACCUCACAGCCGGCGUUUGUUUUCUGAACGUGGUGAACCCGCGGUUUUUGUACGACUUGGGCGUAUUCUGUCAAGAGCGAGAACGGUGAAACAUCCUUACAACCGCUUGAGCAUCACGCCAACAACGACACCAAACCACACGAGGCCAUUUGUCGUUGCAACUGUCCUGCGACAUUCAGACGCCGGAGUGAUCGAAGUGUACGGGCAUAGUCAUGUCGAGACUCACUUUUCCCGCUCCCGAGGCGGAUCUCUUGGAACCACACUUGCCGAUUCAUGACAUCUCGUCAUCCCCAGUCUCAUCGUCUCGACCAUUUGUGACCCUGACCUUUGCCACCUCGCUCGACUCGGCCCUGUCACUCGGUCCAGGCAUACGUACGGCACUGUCCGGUCCGCAGUCCAAGGCCAUGACACAUUACCUCCGCAGUAGGCACGAUGCCAUCUGCAUCGGCGUGGGCACAGCCAUAGCCGACGAUCCGGGCCUCAACUGCCGGCUGGAUGCAGCCUCGAGACGGGGACCUGGCACUUCAGAAAAGGCACAGCACCCGAGACCAAUCAUCAUCGACCCGAGACUGCGGUGGGACUUUUCUAGGGACAACAAGAUCUUCCAGCUCGUCCGGGGUGGUGACGGCUUGGCGCCAUUCAUCAUCACAGCCGUGACAAACCCAUCGGCGGAAAAGGUCAAGAUCCUGGAGGACCAUGGGGGAAAGUUCAUUGUGCUCAAUAGCAGUCCCGCUUCUACGCUAUCUUCGGCGACGAUCCCUAGCACAAGCGACACUCUUGACUGGCUGGCGAUCCUCGCUGCUGUGCGGCAACAGGGUCUCCACAGCAUCAUGAUUGAAGGCGGCGGCACUGUCAUCAACUCCUUGCUCGCGUCGCAGAAUAAGACCCUCGUCGACUCGGUCAUCAUCACUAUUGCUCCGACGUGGCUUGGCAAAGGAAGUGUCGUGGUCUCGCCGGAGCAGGAAGUGGAAAAGCGUACCGGACAGCGGGCGCUGGGGCCAAGGCUCACGGGAGUUAGAUGGAUUCCAUUGGGGGAAGAUGUCGUCGUCUGUGGAAGGCUACAAUGACGGUACAGCUCGGAAACAGAAAGCCCCACAGUAACAAGACAGCGGGCCAUGAAGCUUCCUGGAUAAUAAUUACAAGCCUCGUUCUGAUGCAACAGCAUGGAGAUUCGAGACCAUCUAGGGCACACUUGAACAUUAGGACCGUUACAAUGGAACGAUGGACAGGUCCACGCUGCAAAAUAGUAGUGCGAUAUCCCCACAAAGGAGGGUCAUGUACCGUCGAAGCAGUCGUCUUGCUCCCGCAGACAUUGCCGUCAGGUACUAAACGGUAACGCUACAAUGAUACUAAGCAUGCUCUGUUCACGUAUCGCGACAUCGAUUUAUGUUUCUCUGUUCAAACAAAGACGUAAGG